CAGCCUCAAGUCAAUCCACUUGGUGCAAGCUUCAGUGCAAGACGUCCAUCCGUUUCGUUCAAUCUUAAUAAUGCAGCACAGAACGACAGCAAGUUCAGAACGACACAUAUAUUUGUGUGUUGGAUGACAGAGCCGUCCUGGGAUGUGCACCCCGUCCGCACACUCUUGCUUCUUGGUCUCGUUUUGACUUCGUUCUUCCACAUAUGCCUCAGUAGGAGACAUGGAGCCGAAAAAGAAGUAUGGUCGAUAUCUCUGGGACCUCACGUGCAACGUGCCGGCCCGUUCUCGACAUCGAUUAAAAGAAAAAAGCGCCGCUUCUAAUGGAAAUCCGCCAUCUCCACCGCGGAACAUAGACACUGAGCACGACAUACAGGGGUGCUCUAAUUUCACAGCUGAAGCGUUCCCUACGAAUCCAGUGUACAAUACUGCUGACGAGGAAAUGCCCAUAAACUCUGAACCAGGUCCGGGGCGUAGUGAAAGCAUCCCUGAUCCCGAUUGUGACGAUUCCGAUGCCGAGGAGGAAUUAAUACGCUCUCCAGCCGGCAGCGGGUGGAACAGCCCACACAGCUACAGUUGCCCUAACUCUUCAGAUAACUCUACCUCUGAUGGUGCAGAUGUUCUACCAGAUAAAUACUCUGACCUGGGUCAAGUGCUCUAUUCUGGCUCACGGAUCACAAAGGCAGAAAGUAUGCUUCUGAUUCUGGGUCACAUUCUACGUCAUGAAGAUUCAAAAGAGGCUACGGAAAGCCUUCUAAAGCUGGUUGAAGCCCAUUUGCCACGAGGAACAGAGUUUCCAACUACCAAGUACACUUUCUUCAAACAUUUUGGCAACACCGAUGUCAAGAGGAGCAGACAUUUCUAUUGUAGCAGCUGCUACUCUCACAUUGGAACACUAGAAGAAGUGACUGAUGUGCUGUGCAAGAAAUGCAAAACUGAGCUUCAAGUACAGGAUCUUGUGAAGUCAUCAUCCUAUUUCUUUUUCCUGGAUAUAGCUGCACAGAUAUGCGACAUUUUGAAAGUGACUGAUCUCAUGCCUGUUCAAACAUCUGUCUCAUACGACAUAACAAAUAUCACCAAUAGCAUUGGUUACAGGAAGCUACCCAUUGGACCAGAUGAUGUCAGUUUGACUUUCAAUACCGACGGUGUACCACUUUUCGAAAGUAGUGGCGUGGGGAUUUGGCCCCUUCUGGCUCAAAUCAAUGAGCUACCAUAUAAAGACAGGGCCAAGAAACUACUUCUUGUUGGGCUAUGGUUUGGCCCUAGAAAGCCACCAAUGAACACUUUUUUGCUACCAUUUGUACAAACGAUGAACACACUUUCUGCAGCUGGUGUGACAUGGGAAGAUUCCAAUGGCCACAGGAGGACCACAAAGGUUUUCCCUGGACCGUGCACAGUAGACAGUGUGGCACGAUGUGAACUUAUGGGCAUGACUCAAUUCAAUGGAAAACGUGGCUGUAACUGGUGGAUUCCCUCUGAGGCCCCCAGUCAGUGCUUUUUUUAG